ACAGCGAAGGAGGGGGAAAAUUCCAUGGUCAAGUGAAAGAAGACGACGAAGAUGGACGAGAACAUCUGCCGGUGGAUCCUGGAGUUCCUCCUCCGGCAGCCAGUCGACGAUGCCGUCGUCAAGCUCGCUCUCUCCUCCCUCCCUCUUCCUCCCGAUUGCUCUCUUCCCCUGGGCUUCAAGAAAUCCAUCGUCCUCCGCACCGUCGAGUCCGCCCUCGCCGACGCUUCCAUCUCCGAGACACUCCUCGAGCACCUUGAGACCCUCGAAGCUAUCGACACCGAGCUUGGCGACCCCGUCCCUGGCUCCUUGAAGGAUGCCUACCUCGCCGUUGCCCUAGAAUGCACCCUCCGCUGCCUUCACGGCGGAGCCGAGGGUGAAACCAUGUACUCUGACGCCGUCCAGAGGUUCUGGCGUGGAAGGGUCCAGGCAAUGGAGGCGAAGAGCCAGCUGAUUACUGCGGAGUUGCUCCAGUGGAGCGCCCAACUCGAGGCCGCUCUAUCCGACGACUCUGAGCGCGAGAAGCUGAUGAGGGUCGAAACGAGGGCCGACGCGCUCAGGUUGGUCCGGGCCUACUUGGACGAAGCCUACGUCAAGUUGGGACCUUCCUUCCUUGAAAGGGCAGCUCUUUCCACUGCUAUUGGGCGAGAAGCCUCUGCGCCUUCUCCGAACAGUGAAUCGGCCGCAGCCAGUGCUGCUGAUGCUGCUAUUGCUCCGGGAGUGAACCGAGAGGCUCCUGAAGUUCGAGACUUCGCUAAAGAUGUGUCUGGACCCAAUGCAGGGACUACAUGUAAUGGUCAUCAAAGUAGUGAGUCGGCCCCCAGCAGUAGCGCUGCUACUGAUACUGCUGAUGCCGCUAAUGGUGCUUCUGCUACUGCUCCGGGAGUGAACAGAGAGGCCCCUGAAGUUCGAGACUCCGCUAAAGAUGCGACUGGACCAAAGACAGAUGAUGAUCCUGCUGGUGCUGGUGCUGCUACUACUCCAGGGGAGAGAGAGAACAGAGAGGCUCCUGAAGUUCGAGACUCCGCUAAAGAUGCAUCUGGACCAAAUGCGGAUACUCCAUGCAGCGCUCAUCAAAGUGUAGCUGCAAAGCGCAAGAAUGAGAGACUUAGGAGAGUUGUACCUAGUAGGACUAAGCAAGAGCCGUUGCAUCGGCGCCGAGGUGGAAUUAAGAUCACUGAUACAGGGGAAAUGGGAGGGCAAACAUCCGGCAGCAGCUAUGACUCUCUGCCUACUGCUCUGGUUGAUAAAGUCCAUGAAGCACUUAAAUCUAGUUCUUUGGAGCUGCAACGUGCAGUGAAGGAUCCUCUCCCUGAGGCGAUGCGAGUGGCAGCAUCUCUGGUGGCUGAUGGUGCUGAUAGAGCUACAAAUCCCGAGUCCAUGCCACCAGAUCAGAUUGGGAAAGAUGUCAGUGCAACUGAUCCAUCUUUGGACAAGAGUGCUACUGAUGCUGCUCCAUCAAAGUCGGGGAAUUGCGAGGCUCAGCAUUGUGGCCCUCUGAUUGUCCUACCGAGACGCAGCCUGAUGGAAAGGAACAGGUCCGCGCAAACAUAUGAGUGGGAUGACUCGCUUGAUGGGACAUCUGACCAAAAGGGUCGACCGCGACUGCAUUCCCCUAAGGGACUAGUUGUUUCUCCAUUAAAGAAGGUUGAGCCCGAAAAUGUUCCUAAGCGUAGGCCAAGGAAGAUAUGGAGCUUGGAGGAAGAAGAUACUCUGAGGGCUGGUGUGGACCGGUUUGGUGAAGGAAAGUGGAAGCUUAUCCUCAACAGUUACCGUGAUAUUUUUGAAGAAAGAACAGAGGUUGAUCUCAAAGACAAGUGGAGGAAUUUGAUGCGGUAAUACUUGAUAAGCUGGUAUCUCUGGUUUUAUCUCCAGUUAUUGAACCACCAGGGCUGCGCUUGAUGAACAGAAGCAUGAAAAACGCUCAGAAGAAAGAAUCUGGAGACAGCGCAUUGAUCAGGAGCUCUCUUAACCACUCAAUGUCUAAGACACCGACAAGUUCAUGCCGUGGCCAGUCACAGCCCAUGGUCGAUACGAUAGGUUCAUUCUGCAACUGGGGAAAACCCAAGCCGAGAACGAGAGGACUGCCCAAGCCUUUAUAGCGAACAGUCCUUUUGAUAUAUGGCAGUGUGUGUUUAUUGUAGAGUCAUUCCCCAUGCAUUGUUUGCUUUAUGUAACCAAGAACGUGUGUACAAGAGUUAGCUUUGCGUAGUGCAGGAAGUGCUUGGGCAAUGCCUAAAAACAAGCAGACUUUAAAUAGACUGCCUUUACUAAGUUCUUGGCU